AUGCAAGAAGAGGUUGAUCUAGCUGAUUUUCGCAACACUCUCUUCCGUUCUGGUACUCUUGUUGAAUCUCUCGACCGUAAAAAAGGGGAUCGGAAAUCUCAUAUCGCUCUUGAUCCAUCCAAGAGUCGUAGCGUUCCCGGGCUCAACUCCUCACCUUCUAACAUCCGCAAUCGCCAGGUAGAUCUACAGAAGGAAAAUUUAGUGAGUUUUCUCUCUUUUACUACUUAUAAUUUACUGGCUCAUUUCAUCGGUUGUGCUGCUUCCUACCCACAGAUGCGUGGCAGAAAAGCUAGUAAAUUUGACUAUCGAGACGGUGAUGACCAUUAUGAUUAUGACAACGAAAUGGAAGACGAAGAGGACGAUGAAGAAAAUGAACUCUCUGACGAAGAUGAUGAAGGAGAAGAAGAAGAUAAUGAUGAUGAUGUGGAGGAUGAAGAAGAAGUGGAAGAAAAAGAAGACGAAGAGGAAGAAGAAGACGAAGAGGAAGAAGAGGAAAGUGAUGAUCAACUUCCAGUCCGAGUGAGUCACAAACCGCCAGUAUCUACAACGCCUCUCAAAUCUGCUCUUAAACAGUCCAUUCGAACUCGAUAG